ACACACACACACACACACACACACACACACACUUUCCAAUGUGCAAUACAUGUGUCUAGUUCAAAUUACAGUAAUGAGAGAAGUGCCCCGAGGGUAAUUGGUGUCCUUGAAAAAGCUAAUACAAAAAAAAAAAAAAACACGCACUCAGUCACAGGCAAUGUAUGUAUUGAAUUAUUGAUUCAAAGAGGGGGAGGAGUCGCUAAAAGAUCGGAGCAUAAUUACUUUAUAUAAUUAGCACGCGCGGGGAGAGUCGAGCACAUUUUACAAAGCGCUGGCACUACUAGAGGCUGAAACCCGAGGGUGACCGUCUUUUGAAGCUCCUGAUCCGAGGUUCCAAGUGGUUUGGCAAUCUCCGAGCUAUUAAAUUGGAACCUACCAUUUUGGUAGAGGGACACUGAUCCGCUGACACACUAAGACUGUAUUUUUCACAUGGCAUUAGUACUUUCCAACCUGCCAACGAAGGGGUUGCAAAUGGAUAUAAUCAUGGUUGGACCAAUUUGAUAUUGCUUUUAGCGUUCUGUACCUACAAGAGGAGCUGGAAGGCUUUGAUAUUCACCUUCAAGAUAAUCGAAAUAAUUCUCCGUAGACUGCGUCCGAGCAUUGAGGGGAACCUUGGAGAGGUUUUCGAAGCAGUGCGAAGAUUUUUUCGAGCGGAUGCUAUGAACGAUGGUGUUUGACAAGGAGGAAAGCGUUUCCUUGGUGCCCCUUCAGUCCAAGGGGAAGCCGAGGGUCUGCGCUGGGUGCAACAGGAGGAUCAGGGAGCGCUUCAUGCUCCAGGCUCUGGACAGGUACUGGCACGAAGACUGUCUGAAGUGUGCCUGCUGUGACUGCCGCCUGGGUGAGCUGGGCUCCACCCUCUUUACCAGAGCAAACCUAAUCCUCUGUCGCAGGGACUACCUCAGGCUCUUUGGGAUGACCGGGAACUGUGCGGCCUGCAGUAAGAUCAUCCCGGCCUUUGAGAUGGUGAUGAGAGCCAAGGACAAUGUGUACCACUUGGACUGCUUUGCCUGCCAGCUCUGCAGCCAGAGAUUUUACAUUGGUGACAGGUUUUUCCUGAAGAACAACAAGAUUGUGUGUCAGCAGGACUACGAGGGAGAUCAUCAGAAUGGCCACUCUGAGACUCAUUGAACCCCACCGCCCUCUGCUGAUUAGAGACUAGCCAACCUCUCUGGUUUCUAAUACACCGUUUUCUAAUUACAUUCACUAAGAACCAAAUGGAAGCAAACUGACCAAAAUAGGGAGGAACCUACCUGAACCUGUUUACUGCCAAUAAGUAAUUAUUGUUUUGUGUUGCGAAAAUAUUUUUCCGUGGUGUAAGCUAAUGAGUACACCCCAAUUGAUAACGUGAGAAGCAACCUUUCAUUUUAUAAAACAUCUAAGCAGGGGAACACGACAUGGCUAAUGAAGUGGUCUUAGGAUUUUGCCUUCUGUUGACUGUGAAAUGUGGAUGCAACACCAUUAAGUAUGAAGAAGGGGGAAAAAAAGGUGAAAAAAGGUCUAAGCAGUAUGUUAGGCCUCUAUUAUAAAGUAAUGCUUCUGAUAUGAAACCGUUCUGAAUGGGUAAUGAAUCUCUGCACUUUGACGGAGCCAAGUAAUAUGCACUUAUUCUUUUAAGGUUGGUGAUCGAUCUGCAGUAGUUCACCAUAGGCAGGCCCACUGGUAUUGUUGGAAUUCAGUUCUGAUGUACAUAUUGAAUAAUAACUUGCUGAUUCUCUUAAGAUAUUUCAGUUAUAAAUUAAAACUUGUGUACAUUGUGAUUUAAGUUUGAUCAGCUUUUGAAUUGAAUAAACAAACUGGAGAAUUGUA